AAAGAAUUCAAUAAAGAAUUAUAUCUUUUAGCAUUCUUUUUGCAUUUAACAUAUCAUGGUAUUUUAAAUCUAACUGAUAUUUAUACUAAUUUGUCUAAUAAUAAUUCUGUCUUUCCAGAAGACCUUAAAAAUCUGAAAGAUGAUAUAGAAAACUCUUUUGAAGAAGUAAAUAAUUCUGUUAGAGAAAAUACAUUAAAUUUAGAAAUUAAAAAUUUAAUAUCAUUAUUUUUUAAGCUAAAGUUUACUGAAUCAUUAAGUGAAAAUAUUGUGUAUAAAGAUAAAGACUUUGAUAUAAAUAAUUUGAUUAAUGAUUCAAACCAAUAA